AUGAACUCUAGGAGCACCGAACAUUUCGCCACGAAUACGUUCGAGAAACUGGACGAGUCGUGGAAGGAAUACUUGGAAAAUAGUACUGUACGAAAGCGUAGUAAUUUUCAAAUCAUAUUAAAUGGGUUACAGAUUGAAGACGUGGUUGCACUUCUGAAUUCGGACGUCGCCUCCGAAGAAGUUCCAGAAUCCCUAAAAAGUUUGAAACUCGGUCUGAAAUCUCUGGAAUACAACAGAAAAUGCAUCAGAAAUCCGCGCGAGUUGUGGCAGAAAUGGACGAGAUCGGAUGCGAGAGAUGGAUUGGAAGUGAGGAAUUCUGAAAAUUAAUGAAAAGCACUUUCCGUCUUAAAGUCCGAAUUCCGAGUGGUGGCGUCUUCGAACGGGGUGAUUCGGAAGAGGAUAAAAGCGAAAAAACAGCACGAAAUCGAUCGGAUCGUCGAGUUGAUCGCCCAAAUUCAAACUUUUCAUGACGACAAAUCACGUUAGUUUCUGUUCAAUCAUCGAAGAUUUUCCAAUUUCAACCGAUUUCAAUGUCAGAACCGAUCGAUAGUCUCGUGGACAUCGGCGCCGGAGUCGGGCAUUUAUCGCGAAUGAUCGCCCUGCACAACAAGCUUUCUGUGAUGGCCGUCGAGGGAAAUCAGCAGGUUUUUGGGCUUCGGAACUUUCUCUCUAAGUGGUUCUAUUUCAGUUUACAGUGGCCGCCAGUUCGCUUGACGAAAAGCUCGUCGAAGAUUCGAGAAGAAUCGGAAAUGCCGAUCUGAAUCUGAAUCUCGGUCAAUAAUCCACUUCUCCUUCCUUUUAAAACGCUCCCUUUUCGCAGACAACUCGCCGCUCCGUUUCACCAGUUUCGUCACCGAAGAACUCGCCGCGAAGAUCGACGAGUUCGCAGAGAAUCGCGCGAUUCUGGUCGGAUUGCACUGCUGCGGCGACUUCUCCUCGACCAUUCUCAAAGUGUUCCGGAAGAGUCGACGGGCAAAGGCGCUCGUUUUGCUCGGCUGUUGCUACCACAAACAGUUCGAGUGCUUUCACUUUCUGCACCCGAAAACCGAGAACGGAGAGGUUCGUUUUGUGCAGAUCAGGGCUGGGCAAAAGGCCGACCCAGGCUUUUUAAAGGCCUUCUGGCCAGCCCUGGUGCAAAUGCAUUCUGCUUAAUUAGUUCUGUUCCAUUCCAGGCUCCGCAGCUGUCGAAAUCGUCAGUCUUUCCGCUCAGUCAAAAGUGGGCGGGGCUAGAGCUCGGCUACGUGGCACGGGAGAUCGCCUGCCACAACAAUGAGAACGUGGCGGCGCGGUUGGGAAACGUCGAUUUGUCCCGCUACGCGCGAGCCCAUUUGGAGAAGUGGAUUUGGGAAAUAACGGACGAUCCGGACGAUCGGAACAUGGGAAUGUGCUCGGUGCGGUCUUCUGAUCAUGAAGAUUCUGAGAAUGAGUGACUUUUGCAGGUGAAAUGCGAGCAGGGAAAGACGACGUUCGAGGAGUACAUCCGAAAAGCGCUCUCGAAAAGAGGAAAUCACUUGUUGGAAAGGGUUUUGAAGGUUCAAUAGAUUCAUUCAGAGUUCUUAAUCUCAAAACGUUUCCAGAAAGUGCCCGAAUCGGAGCUGUCUGCCUGCGUCUCCUCGCUCCGCUGCCCUCUCUUUGACGCGUGCGAGAUCCUUCGGCUCCUGUUCGCGCCGGCCGUCGAAUCGGCGAUUUUGGACGAUCGCGUCGAGUUUUUACGGGAAAAGGGAAUGAACGCAGAAGUCGUCGCUCUUUUCGAGCCCACCGUUUCUCCUAGAAAUCUUGCCAUUGUCGCUUAUAAAGAUUCUUAA